ACUCUUAAAGAUGGCACCUCCAUCGCCUACUUAACAGGUGAACAGCAUGUGGACGCGGUCAUUUCAAGAAACUGUGUGCUGAAACCCCACGACUUCGGCCAUGAUGGCACACUUCUACUUGCCUCCGGCUGGGAGCUGGGACCACUUAGAAAUUUCUGUGUCAAUUUAGAUGUGGAUAAAAGUCAAAAGCGACUACCUUGUGGGCUAAUGUUCUUUAAAAAUGAGUGUAAUUGGUUAACCGCAUGCAUGAAUGUUCGUCCAUUUUUUGUUUUCCUCAACUCCACCUACCAACAGACGGUGGUGAGUAUGAGAGGAAUUUUGGAGGUACGAACAGAAACUCAUGUGUGGCAAAGCAGUCUUGACAUGCGCUUUGAUCUCCACUGCGCAACAUUCAUUCGCUCCAUCGCUGUCGCCAAUACAACCAACAGUCGCGCUUUAGCCAAAUCCGCAUCUUCCUCCACUACGGCUGCUGUCGGAGCGAGCAGAAUGUCUGAAAUUAAACCCCCAGAUCAUCCGCCCUUACCACAACAGCAGCAACAAUCCGAGGGCGUUUGGUAA